AGGACCCAGAGCCGGAAGCGCUUACCUUUUCCCUGCCAGGACCGGAGGCUCCGUCCCAUCAGCCCCUGCGCGCUGCUGUCCCCUCCUUCUUCUUCGGCGCUGCCGGCGGGGUGGCUGCUGUCUCCUGCGCGGCAUCAUGGCUGCCCUCAGACCACUGGUGAAGCCCAAGAUCGUCAAAAAGAGGACCAAGAAGUUCAUCCGGCACCAGUCUGAUCGAUAUGUCAAAAUUAAGCGAAACUGGAGGAAACCCAGAGGUAUUGACAACAGGGUGCGGAGAAGAUUUAAGGGUCAGAUCCUGAUGCCCAACAUUGGGUAUGGGAGCAACAAGAAAACAAAGCACAUGCUGCCCAGUGGCUUCCGGAAGUUCCUGGUCCACAAUGUCAAGGAGCUGGAAGUGCUCCUGAUGUGCAACAAAUCUUACUGUGCUGAGAUAGCGCACAAUGUAUCUUCCAAGAACCGCAAAGCCAUUGUUGAAAGAGCAGCACAGCUGGCCAUCAGAAUCACCAACCCCAAUGCCAGGCUGCGCAGCGAAGAAAACGAAUAGAUGGCUCACAUGUUCCUGUUAUUUGUGCUUAAAUAAAAUAAAACCAUAAAACCUGC